GAAGAAGAAGAAGAAGAAGGAGAGGAAGGAAGGAAGGAAGGAAGGGAGACGCAUCAUGUCUACACCUCCUUCUUUAUCACCUCCCCCUGUCAUUAAACCUCUGGCAGACUCUCUGUCUCCUUCCCGUCAGAUGAAGAGGAGGAGGUUAGACAGUCUGGAGGAAUGUCCGACACCUGCCGACAUCAACACACCUCAGAGAGUAGAGAAGAAGAAAAAAAAGAGGGAGGAGGUCGAGCCCAGUCUUCCUCCUCCUGCUGAUGGAGAUAUGUGCAGCCAGCCGAAGAAGAAGAAGAAGAAGAGGAAGGAGGAGAAGGAGUCGUCACAGGUCGCUAUAGAAACCAACGAGACAGAGAAGAAGAAGAAGAAGAAACAGAAGAAUGAGCUGAAUGAGGAGAGCAUCGUCACAAUAACAACAGACCACAACACACAUACAAGCUCCGCCUUGGUUCCCGUGGAAACCAGCAGCUCAAAGUUGAAGGAGGAAAAGAAGAAGAAGAAGAAGAAGAAACAACAACAACAAACAAACAACAGUAGUGAAGCAGGCCUGUUGGCUUCCAACACCAGAAAGGAGAAAAACAAAAAGGAGAAAGACGGUAGCGUGGUGGAGGUGAUAUCACAGGAAGAAAAGACUGUAGGAGAGGAUAAGAAGAAGAGGAGGAGAGAGAAGAAGACACGAGGAAGAGUCAAGAAAACACAGAAAAGAAGAACAGCUAUAGAAGAUGAGUUGGACUCAGCGCUGUUGAAGGAGCUUGAGGAGUUUGUUCCAGACGUCAAGAGGAAAUCAGUCGAUGAGAUCAAUAAACUGCUGAGAUAUGAUUUGCAGAGGUUCAAGUACUUCAAACAGCAAGGGGUGUCUCUCCGCCGGGGGCGGUGCACUCAGGAGGAGAAUCGGCUAAUCAGACAGAACGUCGCGGACUUCCUGGCUCUGACGGGCAUCAGCUCGGCCAAUCACCUUCUGUUUCCUCAGAGGUUCAAAGAGCAGGAAGUGGAGAUCAAGAGGCUGAGAGCACAACAUCACUUCCUGGAGGCGAUCGCUGACGGGAUCCCUCGGACAUGUCAACAGGUUUACACCAGAGCCAAGAAGAUUUUUGAUGAAAGGAACUACAUGGGAAGGUUCUCAGUGGAGGAAAUGCAUUCUCUGAUAAAGUUACAGAACCUCCAUGGUAACGACUGGAGGAUGAUCUCAGAGAAAAUGGGUCGCAGCGUCUACGCUUUACAGAAACGCUUCGCUAACAUCGCUGCAGGCCGUGGUUCGUGGAGUCCAGACGAGGAAUCCAGGUUGAAGCAGGCGCUGAAGGCUCACCUGGAGGUUCUGGCCCAGCAUAGUCCUUCAGGUUCUGGUCUGAGCAGAGACCAGCUGUGUAACAACCUUCCUUGGAGGGAGAUCAGUCAGCAGGUCGGGACCAGAUCCUGGACCCAGUGUCGACUCAAGUGGUUCACCAUGCUGAAACUGAAACUGUCUUCAGGUGGUAGCGUCUUCAACAGAAGAGCUGAAGGACUUCAGGCUAAAAUCCACCUCAUCAACACGUUGUACAACUUGCACGUGGACGAUGCGGCUGACAUCGACUGGGACGAGGUGGCUCAGGUUAUCGGUAAAGUGACUCCUGUGUGCGUUCAGAAGAAUUUCUACAGACUGAAAGUCUCCAGAGUUCCCAACUGGACCAGUUUGUCCUACGGAGAGAUCAUCAACUUCCUGCAGCUGAGAGUCGUCCCGUUGCUGGAGGAGAAACUGCAGAGUUUCAGCAGAAAGGAGGCCCAGAGGGAGGCGCAGGAGGUGAACCGGUACCUGCUGUCCGACAUCUUCACCUCACAGGAGGAUGAGGAGGAGUACAUGGAGGUGGACAACAGUCAGCUGACUUCCAGCCAAUCGGGAGACCGAUGUUUGUAGAGACAAAACCAGUCCGUCAAAACAAAGAGGAAUGGAAUGAAGGCCCCGCCCCUGCUUCUCUGUGAUUGGCUGGAUGGCCUCCUGUCAGAGUUGGACUGAAACACGUUAACUAGGUGUAAACUUGGCAGGAAGCAGAUAAAUGAUUGAUUCUCAGA